UUUAAAGGUAGGCCCAUUUGGCACCAACAGAUCCACUCUUUAAAAGGCGGCCAUCUGAUAAAAAGGCAAGUUAGGGUUUUCGUGUUCGGUGGUAGCUCCCUUCACCUCCCGGCGCCGAGAAUCUCUGCAGACGAAGCUAGGAUGCCGUCCCACAAGACCUUUAGAAUUAAGAAGAAGCUGGCCAAGAAGAUGAGGCAGAACAGGCCUAUUCCCUACUGGAUCCGGAUGAGGACCGACAACACCAUCAGGUACAACGCUAAGCGUCGACACUGGCGCCGCACCAAGCUUGGAUUCUGAGCUGCUUGCCUGCGCUCUGCCCUCCAUUCUUUGGGUGGUUUAUUUUAUUUUUCUUUUUUCUGAUUUUGUUAGGCUUUAGUUUUUAAACAAUGAUUCGUAAUAUGUUGUUUUGCAUCUCUUUCUAAAGGAUUAGUAUGUUAUAGAUGGCUGAUUUGGUCUGCCGCCAAUAUAUUUUUCGGUAAUUUGGAUAUUCUUCAUA